CACCACGUUGUCCAAAAAUGGCGGAGUGACGCAAACAUCUUGAGGAGUGCGUCACGAUGGGGCUGAGCGUCAGCGCACAGAGACGAUGAAUGACUCCCUGACGGUUGAGCGUCAGGCGACAUUCAACACCGACCCGCCGGAGGAGCGGUCUGGGAACGUCAUCCGGCGAGGGGACAUAGAGAUCCCGAUCGUUGACGAUCUCGCGGUGGACAACUCUCACCGACCCCCGAGAGCUACAUCACAGCAGAGGACAGACGCGCUCAAAGGAGCUAACGCUUUUUCAUCGUCACAAGCUAAAAAUAAACUACACAAUGGAUUAGCUGAGAAACAAGAUUUUAAAUCUCAAUCUCCGCUUUCUUUGUCAAUCAGAAAUAAACUUAAGAAGAAGCCGAAAAUAAAGAUCCCAAGGCUGAAGUAUGACUCCAGUCAACCGACUAUUUUUGAAGAGACAAGCCAGGAUUUUCUAGAUAUCGACACAUCUGACUCAACAGAAAAAGGUACACUAUCUCCGACAAGCACCGCUUCCAGUUCCAACGGCAAGAGAAAAUCUGUUUCGUUCGAUCUCACCCCAACAACGCUCGACAGGGAGCCAUUGCUUUCUAAGUCACGUGACCGUCCCUUGAGAGCACCAGCCAAUAGCACACCUCGUGGCUCCUCCAAACCUUCGCCGCAAACCAACACGCGUACGUCUAACGCUACACACAAGGUAGACGCCUCACACAAGAAGGAACUUCACGUUUCGCUGGAGAGUUCACGUCGUCGAAACAGCAACGAGUAUAAUUCUGAUGACACCAACAAUAAAGUUAAAGUUAAAAGAAGAUUAUCGAAUUCUUUAGAGAACAGGUUAAACCAGAAACAGACGAUAAACUCCGAGGAAAAAAGUGUUGAAGAAUCGCCAGCGAGUGUUAACACGGAGUCCAACGAGAAAAACCUCAGAAUUAAGGGCAUCCUUCCGUCGGCUGGAACCUCGCCAAAAACAGAGGCCAAAAACAUGGAGCAUCAAACUUUUGAAGAAGUUCUCCAAGAGAGGAACGCACUGGCCAAGUCGGAAAAAGUCUAUCACAAGAGAAUCCGUCAACUGGAGGACGAGCUAAAGGCUAUGGUUCAACAAUGCGAGGCUCUAUCUGAUGAAAAUAAAGAACUUCGACAAGCGCUGGAGCAGGAGAAGAAGACGGACGCAGGGGCAGCCUCACGCCUUAAGCAAAUGGACAGCGUACUGUUGGAAAACGCUAAGCUAAAAUCUCACAACGAAGAACUCACAAAAAACACACAAGAUCUCGAAAAGCAAAUAAGUUCUUUUAAAAGUAAAGAAAGUAAAAAUUCAGAUUUAGACUCUAAAAACAAAGAGCUCCAGACCAAAGUGUCUGAGUUACAGAAACAAAAUGACGUACUUAAAUCCAAGGUUAGCUCCUUGGGGGACGAAAAGCAAGUGAUCGCAACUACCCUGGAGGAAAAGCGAAAAGAGCUGAACGAGCUCAUGAGAGCGAUGAAAUCUGAGGCUUCAUUGGAGACUAAACUUAAGGAAUCUAACGUCAAACUCGAGAAAACUCUCGAAGAAAUGGACGAUGUGAAGAAAAAGUUAGAGGAAACACAAGAUUUGUUGCAAGAGUCCGAAGGAAAUGUGGAUAAAUUGAAAGACAAUUUAGCACACAAAGAAAAAGAGGUUAAAAAACUAAAAGAAGAGCAGGCAAGUGAAAAUAAAUUAAUCCUAGAUUUGAAAGAAAGCCUUGAUAAAAGCACGGAGGAGAUAAAGAAAUACAAAGAGACGAAAGCGGCUCUAAAGGCGCUUGAAAAAGAAGCCGCGACCUUGGAGACAAAAGUAAGCUCUCUCGAGGAAGAGGUGCAGAAAAGUAAGGUGGAGAAGGAAAAGUUGACCAAAGAAAAGGUGGAGAUGGGUCGAGAAGUUGAGAAACUGCAGCGUGAAUGUGUCAGUGGCACAGACGCAGCCGUCGAGGUGAAGAAACUGACCAAGAGGUUGGAGACUGAGAGAGAAGACCGGAGGAGGGCGGAGACUGCUCUGUCCGGCAAGCAGGAAGAGGUGCUGCAUUUAGAAUCGCGGUUAAGGGAAACCGAAAGUAGGAUUGAAGAUCUGCUCAACCGGUUAAAAACUUUAGAAGAAAUAAAUAACGAGCUCAAGAGCCUUGACCUUGCUGACCUAAACAGCAGUAACAAAAGUUUAAGGGAGGAGAAUAAAAAACUGAAACAAAUGCUGGUGGAACGAAAUAUUGAGUUGACUAAUAAAAAUUUGGAACAACGGGAUAAUCAGACUCAAAUUUUGUUUUUAGAACGAAAGAGCAAAGGGGCGAAAGUUGGCGUGCAGACAGUUUCUGGGAGUGAGCAGUCGGAGAAACGUCCAGCUGCAGCCGUGACUAGCUCCAGCUCAGACAAACACAACCCCCGCCAACCCAGGAAUCGAGCCGGCAACACCAACACGUCUCGCUUUAAGCCGGACCCGGCCAACCCGAGUAAAACGGUGAGGAGCUUUAGCCUUGACGAGCCUCUAGACGAUUUGGCAGAUGACGAGUACAACAAAUCUGCUGUCGUUUUUCCCAUCAUAGACUCAAAGACCGGCGCCCAGCUUGACCACCAGAGCGGCUACUUCAGUCUCUACAGGGACAAGAUGAAACGGAUGAAGGACAAAAGGUACUGACCAACUCUCUCAGUUUGUCGAGGAGAAACAGUACCGGACAACUUAGUUGGUAGAUGAAAAACAGUACUGAACACAUUCAGUUAUCAGUUAAAGGCAAAGAUACUGAGUACAUAUAUCCAUGAGCGAUGGACAGCAAUACUUAUUACAUUUAUCAAUGAGUGAAGUGGCAAAUGUACUGAGUACUUUGCUCCUUCAGUUGUGGAGCAACGGCACUGAGUGCAUUUAUCAAUCAGUGAGGUGUGACGAUAUAAAGCCGCUCUGUCCUUUAUAAAACUUCACGUUAUUAUUGGACCAAGUGCCAUUCUUAAACAAGGGAGAAACAGUGCUCAAAGCAAAAUUGUUCAUCAAUUAGUUUGCUAUUUAAAAAAAAACAAAGUAGCCACCUAAAUAGCAUGAUAUAAAAAUCUUCAACUCUUAUUGAGUUUUUAAAACCAGACCUACAUUUCUGUUGAUUUAACUGAAAAACUAUUUCAGCAAUGUUAGCACCUAAAUAACUGUGAUAUGUUUAUAAUUGUUACAGCAAAUUAUUUAUUUGUUCAAAUUUCACAUAUAUGAUUUGCACCUUGAACUUAUAACGUUUAUUUUAAUUAACGUUUAUUAAAUUACUAAUGUAAUAACUUGUCUCUAUGCAUAGCCUUAAGUCAAUGUAAAUCAGAUCAUCGAAGUUAAUCACUCCCAAAAAGGGACGGCGCGUCGUCGAAGGGUAGAUCCUUAAGUGUCGAGUCUGUCCACCCAUCUCUGAUGUGUGCCUGACACACAUUAGAGAAAGUAAAGGCGGCUGGCACAUGCCCUCCUUUCACAGGCCGAUGUCACAGAAACACAAAUUGUACUUCAUAAACCUCAUAGACCGCCAGAUCCGUAAGGUAACUCGCUAAAGACUAUUUUUAAAACAUGUACAAGCACGAUAAGGUUCAGUUACCUCCCUAGAAAAAAAGUUAAGAAAGUUCCUUCGGGGAACAGACAAUAUUGUUAGCCAUCAACAGUUGUAGCACUUUGGGUCUGUGCUUGCAGAAUGUCUUUAGGCACAUGAGGUUUUAAGCUGAAUGUCUUUAGGCCAUCAGGUUCGUAAACUGCAUGUCUUUAGUCCCUUGGCGUUUUCAGCAGGAUGUCUUUAGGCCCAAAAGUUUUUAAUCUGUAUGUCUUUAGGCCCAUGUGGUUUUAAGCUGAAUGUUUUUAGGCUCAUAUGGUUUUAAGCAGAAUAUCUUUAGGCCAUUAAGGUUCUUAAACUGUAUGUUUUUAGGCCCAUGACGUUUUCAGCAUGAGGCAUAGGACGGUUACUUGGGUUGUACAAAAAAAACCCUGCAAAAGCACACACGACAUACCUGUAGCAUUAUCACAAUAACCAAUACUGGGUGUCGUAUUUUUAAUUUUACAUUAGAAUGUUCUAGAAAAUUUUAAAAUAUACAUAUAAUUAUAACUUUAAAAACUAAACUAUAUAACAAUUUCAACAACAACUUAAAAUAAAGACGAUAUAAGGUUAGAAAUAAAUGCUUGCAAAUUUACCUUUUUUAUACACACACACACACGCACACACACAGAC